UUGUUUUGCCAACUGGUCAUCAUAUUGUCAAUUGCUAAAUAAUGCAAUUUAUUUAUUGUUUACAUCGAUCUAUCCACAAAAUAUCAACGACAUAGACUUGUAUGUGAUAUGUGAUUCAAAUACCGGUUGAAAUUAUGUCGUGGCUUAACUUAAAUCAAAGUUUAAGUAGUUUAAAAGGGCAGAUCACAAAUUUCGCUUCAGAAGUGUUAACUGAAGGCGUAGCAGUAAAUAAUGAUGAGGAACCUUCUCGAACUGAUACUUUGACGAAGGAACUCGAAGAAAAAUGCCAAAAUCAAGAGCUAGAGAUUGCUUCUCUUAAGAAGAUAAACGAAGAACUCCAGGCUUCUUUGCAAUCCGAGAGACUCUCAAAACGAAAUGGCAUCAAAGAUGACGAAUCCAGUUGGUAUUGGGACCCGCCUCCUCAGUCUUCGAAAACCAUCGAUCAUGACAUUGAAAAACAAUACAAACUUCAAAUACAAGCAUUACAAGAUGAAAUAUCCGCCAUAAAAGAUUGCGCCACGGUUGAAAAAGGUCCGGAUAGUGAUGAAGAACUACAUCGAUUGCGCGAAGAAAAUAAAAAUCUAACUAAUAGUCUAGAAGAUUUGGAUAACCAGCAUCAGGUUGCUAUGGAGAAACUUCUUUCCUUAAAAAAGGAGUUGCAAAAGAACUUUGAGCUAUUAAAACAAGAACACGAAAAUAUGAAGUCCGCGAAUGAUGAUUAUUCAACUGAAGUUAAAGUGUUAAUGGCAAAAUUAGGAGAAAGGGAUGAGGAAACUGAAAGAAUUAAGGCGGAUUAUGAGACAUUGCAUCACAAAUAUCAAAAUCUAGAGAGAAUCCACAGCCUCUUAAAAGAAAACGCGGAAAAGUUCCAGGAAGAAAAUCAAAAGCUUCACGAAGAAGCGUUUAAAUUGCAGGAACAAGUUACGGAACUGGAACAUGCAAUCGAGGUUGCGACGAAAGAAUCUGAAAUGUCUGAUAUGGUACCAAAAGAAAAAUACGAAGAGUUACAGAAAAAAAUCAAUGAAUUACAGGAAAGACGAAGCACGAAUCAAAUUCACAUGGAUGAAAUCAACAUUGAUGACAAUGCGAAGAGCGUUAUAGAAACAUUAAAACGGGAUAUAAAUGAUCUUAAACAUAAGUUAGCGCAAAAUGAAUGCGACGAUACUAACAGCAAUAAAACAAUAAAACCAGAGAAAAUAAUGCAGCUUUAUAACAGGUAUGUGAAUUUUGAUUUACCUGUCGAUUAUGUCGGCGAAAUACCAUCGUCCACAGAUAACAUAGUCUUAUUUAAAUUGGAAAGUGUGUUUAAAACAAUAAAUUCCUUCAGAAAAGACAUAGAUACGUUUGAGCAAAAGUUAUCAGAGAAAAAACUUAACAUAAGUCAUUUAAAAACUCAAAUUGAAGAUUUAACUACUGAAAAUGAAUAUUUGACAACAGAUAUACAACACUAUGAAAGUGAAUUGGAUGAAAUGAGAAAGAACAAUGAUUUUCUUAUUUCGGAAAUAGCAGCUUUGAAAAAUACGUCAAAACUAGAACCGAUAAUAGAAUCACAUGAAGAUAAUUUAGUCAAAUUGGAAAGCGAACUUGCUGAUUGCAACAAAAUUAACAAAACUUUUGAAUCUGAAAUCAAACGGAUUGAAACGGAAUUGUCUGAAGUGAUGAAAGAAAAAAUAAUUUUACAGGAAAGUUUAAAUGAUCUACGGAAAAAAUAUACUACGAUGCUCAAUGAGUUAGAAACUUGCAAAAAUGAGACGAAAGCUGUGGAAGAGUUAGAAAAUGCUGAAAGCGUUACCCAAAACGAGAAACUAAUAAAAGCCUGCGACGAUAUUGACGACUUAAAAAAGCGUCUAAGUAAUGCCAGUUCCAAAAAUGAACAAUUAUCUAUAGAUUUGCACAUUAUUGAAAAUGAUAAAGUUUUAUUGCUGAAAGAGAUUGAUGAAUUAAAACUGAUAUUAGCAGAAAAAUCUUCGUCCCAUAAAGAACUAGAAUCAUUGAAGAGUGUAUUAGAUCAUAAGCUGAAAGAUUUAGAAAUUAAACUUGAUGCCUUACUUAAACAUAAGCAAGAAAUAGAGAAUGAUAACUUAAAUUUGACAGAAAAAGUGAAAACACUUGAAACCACUUUAAAAAAUCAAGAUGAAAUUGAGAAUAUUAUGAAAGAAAAGACAGAAUUAUUGGGUAAACUGGAUAUAGUGCAAAAAGAAAAUACAGAUCUAUCGAAAAAUGUAAAUGAUUUAAGUAAUGAAAUAUCAAAUUUAAGGCGAGAAAGGGAAGAUUUAAUCAAUGAUAACAAUUCUCUUAAACAGAAUCACUUUAGUGAAUCUGAAACUAUAUCUGAUUUGAAAGACAAGAUUAAAGAACUUAAAAUUAAAGUUGAUGAAUUUGAUGCAUUAAAUAAUCAAUUGGUCGCUCUCAAAGCAGAACAUAAAGUUGUUUUUGAAAAGAAAUUACGCCUGGAAGCCGAAUUAUCAAAAUCGGAUGCAAAAAUUUUGCACUUAGAAUCUGAAUUUGAUAAACUUAUUACUGAUUUGAAUGAAAAAGAUUCCAUUAUAGAUACAUUAAAUGGUACGUUAGCCCAAAACAACAUAGCAGUUACAAAUCUCAAUCAAAGUGUUAGUGAACUACAAAGUAAUUUAUUUGUCAAAAAUGAGGAGAUUGAGCGUCUUCAAAAAUUAUUACAGGAAGUAACUGAAAAAUUUAACAGCACCAGCAUAAGCUCCAAUCACAGUCACGAGGAGAUACAAAAAUUACAUUCCGAGAAAGAGGAAGUCAAUAAACAACUAUUUGCAUUAAAUGAUGACAUAAUUUUGAAAAAUGCCGAGAUUUCAAAAUUAACAAACAGGCUUGAGGAUAUUGAAAGAACUAACUCUGAUUAUAAAUCAAGUAUAGCAGGAAAAGAUAAGGAAAUCAAAGAAUUACAACAAUCGAUCGUUGAAUUAACGGAUAAAAUAAAUACAGUAAGCACAACGAUUCACAAUGACGAUAACGGCAAAUUGUUAGAAGAAAAAUGUGCUAUAGAAAAAGAAUUACAUGAUUUAAAAAAUAUCCUUACUCUAAAAGAAAGUGAAUUAGUAGAAACUAAAAAUAAAUCACUGUUAUUAGAAAACAAAUGCCUUGAAUAUCAAGCUAUUAUAGACAAAGAAAAUACUGAAAAAGCAGAAUUAAUCAAUUUAGUUAGUCUUAAACACAACGAGAGCUUACAGUAUCACGGAGAAAUUCAACGGCUUAAUAAAGUAAUUUUGGAACAAACAAAUGAAUUUAAAAAAGUAAUCGAUGAGAAGGAUGCUUUGAUAAGUAACCAUUCCGAUAGUUGCCUUAACUGUGAUAAGCUGAUAGUAACAAUUAAAGAGAAGGAUGAAAUAAUUAUGUCAUUGAACCAAAAUUUAACCGAUCAUGAAAUACUUAAAGCUGAAUUGUUAAAUGCCAAGGAUACCGUAGUGAACUUGACGAAAAAAUGUGAAGACUUAGACAAAAGUUUAACUAUUCAAUUAGAAAUAGUCAGAAAAUUGACGGCAGAAAAUGUACAGUUGUCCGAAAAAGAGCAGAAUUCCACGCGAGAAUUGGAAAGGUUACGUCAUCAUCUUGUCGAAAUGGAGGAGAAUUACACGCAAGAGUUGAUGACGUCAGAACAAAAGCUAACAGAGUGCCAGACGAGAUUGCACCAGGUCGAGGAGAGAGCGAAACAGACUAGCACAGUGUACACUAGUAACAGUAUUCGAGCAAACCAAGAAGUGGAAACGCUAAGAAAUCAAAUAAAGCUACUAGAAAAACAACGUGAGGAUGUUCAAUCGCGAUUAGGCGAGGCAGAGGACGCGAGGAGUCGUAGUGAAGCUGCACUCACUAAUCUUCAAGUUGUUCUGGAACAGUUCCAGUUAGAUAAAGAACGCGACAUACACGCUGCAACGGAGAAAAUAAGAAAUAAAAUGGAAGACAUAAAACGUCAAAACUCAGGUUUACAAGAUGAAAUUGCUCGACUGAAGGGCAAAUUAGAAGAAUCUAUAGCUGGCUUACAAGCCGCGACAAGACUAGGUGAUCAAGUCGAAACAAAAACUGCACAAAUCAACGAUUUGAAGGAACAAGUGCGCACGUUGCAAACGUCGGUGGCGGCGGCCGAGGAGCGCUACUACAACGCGAUAUCGAACCAGCAGGAUCGCGUCGACAAGAAUCUCGUGAAGAACUUGGUCGUCAACUAUAUUUUCUUUUAUUCCAGAACACAAAUUCUCAGAAUACUAUCGACGGUUCUAGACUUCAAUCAGCAGGAGUGCGAGAAGCUAGGUCUAGUUAGGGCAUCUAACGCCACGGACAGCCUGGCCGCCGAGUUUGUCAAGUUCCUGCAGAACGAGUCGAAGCCGCGACCGGCUCUGCCGGAUAUGAUGGGGUUGAGGACGCCGGCGGCUGGGUCUAGGAAGAGUUCCACGAUUGGCCCCCAUCCAAUAUUCGAGCCGGGCCACCGCCGCAACCCCUCGACCGGAUCCAACAACCUGCUCUUCCAAAACCUGGAUACCAUGGAAACCGCGUCGCAGAAGUCCACGGAGUCGGAGUCCAGGGUGGUUCCAAUAACGACCUUGGAAACUGGCAUCAAUCAGACGAGAAACAACGAGGGCGCCAUAUUAAAACACGUUUUGAAGGAUAUGUGACAUGGCAUCGCGUCAAAAGUGGAUUUAAAUCACGUUUCAUUUCAGUCACAUAUCAAUCAAUGCUAUAAUAAUGAUGCAUAUUAAAUGUCUUCAAUUUUUUUUACAGAAAAUAAAGCGAGUUUAAAUCCGGUUUAAUUUAGAUUUUAUGCAUACAUGUGAACAUUUGUAGAAUAUGUGUUUGCCAAUGAAGUUUAUUUUUACAAGAGGGUAGAUGUAUAAAAGUGAAACCACUUUUAAAAGAAGCUUUAAUGGAACGACCCUAAGGGUGAAUUUUCCCUAGUGUUUUACUACUCAAUUUUAUUAACAUACAAAUAUUCUUACUAUUCUGUUCGCUAUUAAACUGUUGCAUGUAUAAUUUAAUAUCUCUAAUUGUUUUAUAAAAUAAAAUUGAUCCUUCGAAGCGGAUAUUAUUAAUUCAUAACUACCCUAUUUUAGCUAUCGUAAUGCAUCCUGUACACUUACUGACUAUUAAACGAGGUUUAAAAUAAAAUCCUUGAUUAAUUAAUCAAUGGUUAACAUUUCUGUGUAUUUUCACUUAUCCUCAGAUGUUAAUUACUUAUUGGUAAAUAAUUUUUAUAAAUCAGGAAGCUUUUAAAGCGCUGAAAAAUAGCGUCUUAAGAUAGAAAGAUAUUUUGUUAGGAAAAUGUAAAAAUUAUUUUAUACUAGAAGCUGUGUAUCAACCCUAGCCAUAGCAUUACGGGCGAUUAUUAUACCGUUAGGGUUGUCACUCUUAAAUAAAAUUUAAUAUUUGUGUAUACUACAAGUGCAUUUAGACCAAAUGCAAUAGAUUUAAUUUGUAUUUAUUAUUUUUAAAUCAUUUAAAAUUUAAUCUUCUACUAAAAUUACUCGAUCUUCUUUCUUUACCUAAAUUUAAUUAUAAUUGUAAUGUAAUUCUAUGAUAAUACGGCGAAAUUGUGAUGUUUAGCAAUAAAAUGUAUAAAAUAAUGCUUUUAGUUCAUAAAUAGUUAUAGAAAACUAUAGUAUUUAUAUAGUUCUUGUAAAAUGUAUU